CCGGCCCCCGGCCCGGCCCGCAGGCCGCGCCGGCCGAGCCCUCAUGGCGGUUCCCGGCUCGGAGGGCCGGGCCGCAGGCCCCGCGGCGGGCGACGCGCUGUGGGCGGAGGUGCGGGCGCUGCUGCCCGGCACCGAGGAGGGUCUGACCUUGGCGCUGAGCGGCGAGGUGGACGACUGCGUCCAGCCGCUGCUGCGGCGGGCCCGCCGGCUGCUGUACGGCGCGGAGGGGCGGCCCCGCGAGGCGGCGGCGCUGGGCCGCAUCGGGGACGUCUUGCGCGACUACUCCUGGGAGAAGCUGAACGCGGGGCCGUGGCGGGAGGUCAGCAAGGCCUGGCGCCAGGUCUACACCUACGGCUGCCUCUUCGGGGCGCUGGCCCAGGUGGCCGCCGGGCACCCGCUGGCCGCCGCUGUCCGCCUCUGCGACCUGGGGCUGCUCAUGGGCGCCUCCGUCCUGGACAACGUCCUGGCCCGCCUGGUCCGCGUCCUGCAGGGCAGGAUGCCCCGCGCCGCCGCGGGCCGCGCCGAGAGGGCCCGGGCAGAGCCCCCGCCAGCGCCCGCGGUGCCGCCGGAGGACGCGCUCCCGCACCUGCGCUGCCCUUCGCUGGAGCAUUUCAGAGACAACUACCUGAUUCCGCAGAAGCCUGUGGUCUUAGAGGGCAUUAUUGACCACUGGCCAUGUAUGAAGAAGUGGAGUGUGGACUAUUUUUGUCAAGUCGCAGGGUGCCGCACAGUCCCCGUGGAACUGGGUUCCCGGUACACAGAUGAGGAAUGGUCUCAGAAGCUCAUGACUGUCAGUGACUUCAUCAACCAGUAUAUUGUGAAUCAGAACAGUGUGGGAUAUCUUGCUCAGCACCAGCUUUUCGAUCAGAUCCCAGAAUUGAAAGAGGAUAUCAGUAUCCCUGACUACUGCUGCCUGGGAGAAGGGGAAGAAGAUGAGAUCACCAUUAACGCCUGGUUUGGUCCCAAGGGCACAAUCUCGCCUCUCCAUCAGGAUCCCCAGCAAAAUUUUCUAGCCCAGGUGUUUGGAAGAAAGUAUAUCCGUCUGUAUUCACCACAAGAUUCCGAAAACCUGUACCCACAUGAAAGCCACAUUCUUCACAACACUAGUCAGGUUGAUGUGGAAGAUCCUGACUUAAUUAAGUUCCCCAAUUUCAGGAAGGCUGCGUUUCAGUCCUGUGUUCUGAUGCCUGGACAGGUUCUGUUUAUUCCAGUUAAAUAUUGGCACUAUGUACGAUCGCUCGAUAUCAGCUUUUCUGUCAGUUUCUGGUGGUCAUAGCUCUGAACCUCACAUAAAGUCUGUAAUAGCAAUUAAAAAUCAGGACAAGUAGCA